AUGGAUCAGAAGCGCGAUGGGAAAGAGUUUCUUGUGGAUAACCUCUUCCAGCAUAAGGAGUCUAUAUUUACCGAAGAAGUAUCCAACUUCGACCUGCCCGGAAGGUUUAAGGUACCCGAUAUCUCUAUUUUUUCAGGUAGUGAAGACGUAGUGGAGCAUUUGGAUAAUUUCCGAUCUCACGUAUCCUUGCAUAAGACACCCGACGCUGUGGCGUGCCGGGCUUUUCCCCUCACCUUGUCCGGAAAGGCCCGAGAUUGGCUCAGAAACCUUCCCCCGAGGUCAAUUGAUAAUUUCGAUACCCUUGGUAGGAAGUUUUUGACCCAGUUUGUGUCCGGAAGGAUCAGGAGGAAACCCCGAGGGUAUCUACUCUCCGUACGGCAGGGGCCAAACAAAUAUUUGAAGGAUUAUUUGUGGAGGUUCAACCAGAAGAAGUUGGAGACGGAAAGCGCACCAGACGAUUUCAUUUAUGGUGCAAUUUUCCAAGGAUUGAAGAAAGACGGACCAUUGAUGGCUGACUUGGUGUUGAAACCACCGAAGGAUCUCUAUACCUUUAUGGUAAAGAUGGACAGAUACAUUAAUCAGGAGGAAACGCUCCAAGCCCUUCUCGACGAUUCUCAGCAGCAACAUCAGCCUUCCACCGAGAAACCUAAGAGAAAGAAGAAUCCCAAGGCCACACAGGAUGCCAGUCCCGAGGAGUACAAGAAGGCAAAGAAGAAUUUCAGAGAUUACAAGUGGAUUCCAUUAAAUGCCUCUCUCACUGAGGUGCUUAUGGAACUCAAAAAAGAUCCAAACUACCAGAGGCCGAGGCCCAUCCCAGGAAAUCCGCCUCGACGCUUGGCUCACAAAUAUUGUGUCUUCCAUGAUUCAUAUUGUCACCUGACCGAGCAGUGUGUAUCACUGAGACAAUUGAUUGAGAAGUUCAUCGAAAAUGGGAAGUUAGUCUAA